AUGGCUCUGCCUGCCAAAAUCGUGCCUGAUGUGACGCUAGUGUCGCCGUCUUCAAAGAAAUUGGUGGAACAUGGGCAGCGUUGCCAGACUUCAGACAACGCUUGGCUGCUCAAGGGUUCAUUUUGGAGGAGAAAAUUUCCUUGGCUGCGGGCAGGUUUUGCGGGCAAUAGCAACAUUUUGACAGUGGGGUGCAAAAUUUGCGCGCUGCAUGCUGCCAAGUUUACUGCAGCCGGGAGUGAUACUUCGCAGCUUUCCCCUUAUGCCACUUUCUCAGUUCGGCCCGAAGUCACUUGGAAGAGCUGGAGGUUUCGGCACCAUGCACAAUCCAAGUACCACAUUGCCGCUCAUGCAGCUGAUCCAACUUCUCAUGCCCCUGCUGCUGAAGAAUGGCAAGACCUCGUGCGCAAGCUGAGCAGAGGACAUUCUCAGCGCGACAAAGGGGACGGAACACCAUCGGCCCGAACCAAGUUGAUGCACUAUUGCCUUUCCGAAGCUAUCUUGCACGCUUACCGCGUCUUCCUGGCCAGUGCCCAAAGCAUCACUCUGAUGCGGGAUGAAAGACAAGGCCGCUUGCUGCUGCGAUUUAGGGCAAAGGAUGCGAACUUGCGAGUCUGCAGCGGCUGCAUUGGGCAGCCUCGCCUGGUUGAAGGUAAGACUUCGGAACACAUCGCAAGAGCCACAGUGAAAGCCUUGAAACUAUUUUGCACACCUGGCUUUGGUGGGUCAGUGGAUGAAGCAUUGCUCAGCCACGUUCGGAGCCAUGUUCACAUCAUGGUAACCGAUGCUGCGUCAGCUGAAUUACUUGCGUCGGAUAUACUCAGAUCUCGGCGCCGGUCAGAUCAAGCCGAACUGCAGAGAGAUGUUUUUUUCCCAAACAUCGUUUUGCUGGGCCGCGAUGCAAGCCAUGCUUGCAUGAGACUGCUGAAACGGCCUUGGCAUGUCAUGGAUGACGUGAAAGACGCUGUUAGCAGCACAGUCACCAACAAAGAAUCCUUGGCGCAAAAGAUUUUCCACUCCCCGAACUAUUCAUUUUGGCUGCAAGAAGCCAUUGCCAAAGGUGCCGGCCCCCAGACCAGCAGCUUAUCGGCGGCAAAGCACCGCUUCGCGUCCUUUGCCAAACCUCUUGGGAGAUUUUGUUUGAAUAUGAGACCGAUAUUUGAUGUAUUACACAAAAUUUUGGCUUUGAAGGAAGACUGUGACUGGCUGCACAAGUGGAUGGACAACGUCUCUGCCAAGAAAUUGCUUCUUGUUGCGGCAGCCGCUGAUGCAGCUGAUACAGUGAUGGAAUUUUUGCGGCUGAUGGACAAUGAAUCGCAAGACCCGGCCAUUCUGAAUUCAGAGGUCCACAGUUUUCUGCGCAAUGUAGACAUCCAAUUUGGACAGCCAGGGCAAGUCUUCGACGUGAAUGGAUACAGCAAGCAUUGUCUAGACCUGUUGCAAGCAGAGCCUGGACUCUAUGUCAAGCACAGGGGUCAGCAGAAGAGGCUGAGGGUGUCUGCGGGCGAUCGCCGUGCUGUCCUGGAAGCCUUCAAACCGUGGGUUCAUUUGUGUCAUGAGGCUUGCGAGGCUGAGUUUCCGCAUUUCCAUCUCUUCUCAUCGAUGAGCGUCUUGGAUCUGCGAUCUGGUGGCCGGCUAACAGAUGACAGAUAUGCUUGCCUUCAGCGACUAGCCGUCGCCUUGCAAGUUGAUGAGCAAGGGCUGGUCUCCGAGUUUGACGCUCUGCGGCCAGUGGCCAUGGCAUUCCGAGAACAGCAAGAUUGCACUAGCAGGGAUGCGUGGAAACAAGCAUUCCGAAGAAGCCAAGCAUCUUCUGCUUUGAGGGAAAAAUAUGAAACCAAGAAUUUGGCCCCUUUGCUUCAAGCGCAUGCCUGCUGGACCACCUCUAGCUCUGGCGUGGAGCAAGCUUUUUCCAAAGCUGAGAGGAGCCAUGGAGCUAAGCAUUUCGGGCCAAAGGCAGCCGAUUCAGAGCGUCGAGCGAUGGUGUGCUUGACGUACAAUGACUCCCCUGCAGCGUCUUUGGCUUCUGUCGUGGACAAGGCCCGUGCUCUAUAUGCAGCAAGAGUAUCCAGACACCUUGGCAAAUACCAAAGGAAGCGCCUAGACAAGGGGGUCAAGACAGGUCCUCGAGCAAAACUUGCUGGCAAAGUCGUGGAGAAGACUUGGAUCAAGCGUAGGCGGGCUUCUGUCAGGGCAGAAAUUGCCAACUCGCGAGAAACGCUUCUGAAGAAGAAGGUGGAGGCGCGUCGUGAUGGCUAUUUCCUCGGCUUGGGUGCCGCGGAAGGCUUGAGCUUGGAGCAGGCAGCUGCCAAGAGAGCCAGGGAGGACGCCAAAGCAGAUCAGGCCAUGCAUUUGAAACGGAAGAAGCAAGAAUCCCAGCUCCUUUCCACAACGAAUGCGCGCACAUGGAGAUGGCAAUCACUAGGGCCAGCCAAGGCAUGGUUCGCCACUGGAUUGCCUCCCACGGCGUGCGCCCCAUUGCUGCAGGAGCAGGACAUCCGAGCUGCCUCUGUCUUUGUUGUGGACGAUUCAGCUAUUCCCUCGAAGGCUUAUUUCAUGGCCGUGGCAACUGGGGGCUGCAUUUUGUCAUACUCCUUGCUACUGAAGCGCGCCGGCAUCAAAUCUCAAUACUGCUUGCAGAAGUUGGAGUCUUUGAAACGGAAGUGGCCCACGCUCCACUGCACGCCAGACUUCAAGCAACAAGAGCCAGCCAUGACUCAUCUCCUGAGGUGGGCGGUUUUUGAGAAGAAAAUGUGGUCUGGAGUAGCCCUUGAAAAUGUGCGGAAAAAUACGAUUUGCCUUGUCAAAGACAAGACCGUGCCCCCAGGGUCACCUCGCGAAGCCGGACCGGUCUGGCUCUGCGAGGAGCCUCGCGAACCCGGCAUUCCAUUGGUGGCUGGACUGCGGUACAUAGCCUACCACAAGCCGCCCGUAGUUUUGCUGGAGCAAGUGACUGGCUUCUUGGAAAAGAAGCAUUGGCUGGCCCAGAAGAUGCUUCGCAAAACAUUUGCUGCUUGCGGGUACACGGUCCGUGCAAAAGUCUUGCAGACUUGCGACCACGGCUUGCCCCAAAGCAGACCCCGUCUUUGGGUCGUGGCCUUGCGAAAUCCCAUUGCCGAAUUCCGGUUUCCCAAGGCCUUGGGGAAGUGUCCUCCGAUUGAAUCCAUCUUGGACGUCGGCAAAGUGGGAGAUGAAGUACUGGAUUUGAGCAAGUUUGGCCCAAGCACUGCAACCGAGAAGCUUCGAACUGGCUACUGGAUCCUGGACGUCGCCUCGUCCGCUCGGUUCACCAGCAUUCCCAAGCAUCGGGUGAGCCCUUGCCUCACCCGUAGCCGGUGCAAAGCUCGUGGCUACUAUGUGCCCCGCUUGGCUCGGCGGCUGUCAGUGGAAGAAUUUUCCCAGCUGCAAGGCAUUCCAGUCAGCAUUUGCCGAAACAUGGUUCGAAAACUUUUGGCCGAGCACGCAAACGACAAGAGGUUCACCCAGGCCAGAUGCGAAAACGAAGUGGCAGCAGCAUUUGGAGAUGGAAUGAGCUUGAAUGUGCUUCAACGGGUCCUCAGUCGGGCACUGGCUGCGAGCGGCUUGUGGCCAUCUCAAGUUACUAGGUUGAACAAGGCGGAGCAGAACCAAGUUAAGAAGGACUUGGCCGAGUGGGAAGCUGAAAAUGCUCAGCUCCGGGAAGAGGCUCGAGACGAGUAUGACAGAAAGCACACAGAGGAGAAGAAGCGCUUGGAGAGGGUUUUCCAGGAAGCCAAGCACUUGAAGAGCUUGCAGAAGCAAAGCGCCAAGGCUAACUCUGCUCCCAAGAAUCCAGCCGACCCAGCCGGCAGCAGCUGUGUUGUUGGGCCAGGCCUGAAGGAUUCUGGGGUGAAUGAAGCCUACAUGCAGGGCUUGAAGAACGAUUUGCAGGUGAUCGCAGACAAGCUUGGCGACCUCAAGUCGGAGCUUCCCGUCCCGAUCGUCCAAGCAAACGAUGACAAGGGCGGAGUGCAGGAGCAUGCUGAGCCUUUCCACCUGGAGGAUGCUGGCAAGGCCCUUGAUGGCCAAGGUUUGUACAUCUCAGCCUGCAAUCUGAUGUGGGUUGAUCUGUAUCGCACAUCCAAUCCAUCGGUGCCGCUUUGCAGAAAGAGGGUGGAGGACUUGGGCUCCCAUUACUUCGGCUCGGGGCACUCUUUCUUUCGCUCGGUCCUCGAAGUUGCCGUGGUCAAGGAGGAGCUCUCUGACAGGCCAGCCGGUCUGAAGCUGAUCAGCCCGGAGGAACAGGCCCACGCCAUUGUCUUUGCUUGCGCAAAGCGCUUGAGAGAAGCCGACUGCAACGAGGAAGAGAGGAAGCAGUGGUUGGGAAUUCCCACUUGCAUGGUGCUGUGCGCUGAGAAGGACAUUUGGCACAAGGCGAUCAGCCGAAGGCAACAGGUCAUGCAGGAGCAUGAAUCCAUGGCGAGGACAGCCUUCCAAAUGAGCGCAGAGCUCGUCAGUUUGAAGGCCUCUGUGUUGCGAAAAUCAGUUGUGAUUGAUUUGUUUUUUCCAGAUUUUUUACGCGGCUUUCUAGCAUCGUCAAGUUUGCAGGCCAUGCUCGAAUCUGUCGAAAACCGUCGGCUCCAAGACUCUGAAGUGGCUGCCCUGGUCAAGACCUACCCCAUCACAACUGCGAAGACUUCUGCGAAUUCCAACGGCGGCAUCUUCACAGAGUGGAACUUCACCGCUGCUGGACAUGUCAUGCGGCAGCUUGGCUCAGAUGACGAGGUCUUGGAAGUGAUCCGAGUCUUGGAGAGCAAGCAUGGACUUGACAGCUGCCUGAACAGCUUGGUCAAGCUUGAGAAGCUUGCCACUAAACCCAGUGGCAAAGCUGCCAGGCGCUGGAUUUUUCAGAUGCUCUUGGACCAUUUGGAGCAUGGGCUGGCAGAGAACGAAGACAUCAGCAAGAAGGCGUUGCUGGGAGACAAGCACACGGCUGGUCUCGUGGUGUUGUGGGAGUGGAAGAUGAAGCUUCUCAACUACAUCUGUGACACCCUCAUGCUGCAGGCCAAGAUCUCAGAGACUGACCGGGAGGCAAUCAAGUCCAGAUGCCGGGAUUGUCCUUCAAUGCGGCAAGCCUGUGAAGACAGCGUGCAGUGGCAGGCUAGCAUGUCCAGGUCCGGGCAAGAGGCUUUGCGUUUCUUCCAGGAUGUGGUCUUCCUCAAAACGUUCGACAACUUGUUGAGGGGCAUUUGCAAAGGAGUCAGCACCAAUCCGGAGGUCGUCUUGGAAUUGGACUCCAUCAACGAGCGCUGGCAGCAGGUCAUCGCAAUGCGCCAGAACGAGCUUGCCCAGAACCAGGCAAAGGAAGCGGAGCUCAGCGACGGUGAAGAUUCUCAAGAUGAGGAGGCUUUGCUGACAGAAGCCAGGAAGGCCCCAAACACUCUGAAGCAAGGCAGCCCGAGCUAUUGGAGAGCAGUUGCCAACAAGUCAGUCAGGAUGUACUUGACCUUCGUCACGGAAGGCAAGAAUGAUUCUCAGUUGCAGCUCCAAGUUUCCCAAUGGCAAGCAGCGACUGGCCUGCAGCCUGAAAUUGGAAAGAAGACCCUGUUGGUGCACCUCGACACCGCGCUGCUUGGAGAAUCUUCUGGCCCUCACUGCCAAGCGGAGCUCCGAGGCAAGCGCUGGAAGCCAGACAUUGACCUUGUCGAGAAGCUUGCUGCUUGCCCUUGCAUCGCCUUGGGGGCACAGUCAGUGGAGAAGGUUCGUUGCUCUGUGCCUGCCGAAGGGGUUGUGGUGGCUGUGGUAGACCCGCUGAGCGUUGGCCCCAAGCUCUUCAAGGAAGCUUCCAAGCAGUCUGUGUGGCUGAUGUUCAAUGAGAAAUCGGUUCGUGAAAGGAAGCAGAUCGUCAGAGCGGGCGCCUACAGCCAGCAGAUGCUGUGCAACCUCUACAGUGAGAAGCCAUUGAGUUUGACCAUGCCCGAGGUUGAGCGCAAGAUCUAUCCCGGCUUUAGCCACGGCGACGUCAUCGGGUACAUUUCUUGCUUGGGCCCUUCGAAGCUUUGGCGAGUUCCCAGGAAGGACAAGCUCGACAUCCUUGGCAGCCGGCACGUGUUCAUUCCGGCCAACUCAAGCCAGCAAGGCGACGGCCAGCCGGCAGAGGAUGCGGCAGGAGCUGGAGAGCUUGAGAGCGUGUUCAGUUGCUCCAUGCUGCCGGUCGAGUACUACAUGGAGAUGGUCCAUUCCCUGAGCUGCAUCGGCAUUGUCGACACAUCUCCAGCACAAGGAGAGCUCCUGAAAGCAGCGAUGUCUUCUCGCACUCCUUGUCUUGCAAUUUGCGGGACGGAUGGACAUUGCAAGAAGCUUGAGAUCAUGUUGACGGAAUACAUCUACGAAGAGCAGCAGCGGGAUGGAUCCACCUACUACAUCCCUGAGAUGACGGUCAAGAGCCAGAAUGACGAGCCCAAGCCCAAGUCAAAGGCCAAAGCAAAGCCGGUGACCAAGAAGCGCCCCAAGAAGAAUGAGACGGCGCCGGGUGACGGUGACGAGGAGGCGGAGGCCCAGGGCGAAGAGCCUGAGCAGAAGAAGCCCAAGACGACGAAGAACAAGACGAAGAAGAAAAGUGUCGAAGACGAGGGCGCCGCCUCUGACGGUUCAGGGUCGAGCAUGGCCUGGUAG